GGGGGGGGGGGGUGGGUGCUCGCUCGGUCUGUCGAGGUCACCGGUUCGUUGACGACAACGAGGAGGGUCGUUUCGUUUCCCGAGGGGGGUGUGGGGGUAGGAUUUGCGGGUCCUGCGGCAGCGGCGGCGGGAUGGACGUGCCGCAGCCGUCUCGCUCCGCGGCCGCCGGCGGCCGCGACGCCGGCGACCAGCCUAGGGUUUACCAGGUUUGGCGCGGAAGCAACGAAUUCUUCUUGCAAGGAAGGUUUAUAUUUGGGCCUGAUGUGAGAUCCAUAUUUCUCACUAUGUUCCUCAUCAUUGCUCCAGUGGUGGCCUUCUGCGUGUUUGUCGCCAGACACCUCAUUAAUGAUUUUCCAGGUGAUUGGGGCAUCUCAGUGAUGGUAGUGGCGGUUGUCUUCACCGUUUAUGAUUUGACGCUGCUUCUCCUUACUUCUGGUAGAGAUCCUGGUAUAAUACCUCGUAAUACUCAUCCUCCUGAGCCUGAAGGCUUUGAUGGGAGCAAUGAUAAUGGAGUUCAGACUCCACAACAAUUGCGCCUGCCUCGGACAAAGGAUGUCAUGGUAAAUGGAAUUAGUGUGAGGAUUAAAUAUUGUGACACCUGCAUGCUUUACCGACCACCUCGUUGCUCACACUGUUCUAUAUGCAAUAACUGUGUGGAACGGUUUGAUCAUCACUGUCCAUGGGUUGGCCAAUGCAUAGGACUUCGCAAUUAUCGGUUCUUCUAUAUGUUUGUAUUCUCAACGACGCUACUCUGCCUCUAUGUAUUUGCCUUCUGUUGGGUGUACAUAAUCAAGAUUAGAAAUGCCGAGAAUUUGUCAGUUUGGAAGGCAAUGCUAAAGACACCAGCCUCCAUCGUUCUGAUCAUCUACUGCUUUCUUUGUGUAUGGUUUGUUGGUGGUCUGUCCGUCUUCCAUUGCUACUUGAUGAGCACCAACCAGACAACUUAUGAGAAUUUCAGGUAUCGCUACGAUAGGCGGGCUAAUCCGUAUAAUAGAGGUGUAUUAAACAACUUUCUGGAGAUAUUCUGCACUCGUAUUCCUCCUUCAAAGAAUAACUUCCGGGCAAGGGUCAUAGUUGAGCAAGGGCUACAGCAAACCCGUGUACCAUCAAGAGGUUUUAUGAGCCCCAACAUGGGCAAACCUGUUGGGGAUCUUGAAAUAGGCCGGAAGCCGGUGCCUUGGGAUGAACCGAGGACGGCAGCUGAUAUUAGGGACUUGGAAGUAGGUCUCGGGGGCUUUUUGGAUGAGAAAGAGGGUAGACUAACCCAUGCAUCCCCAGAUCUGAGCAGGGAUGACCUUCCCGCUGAUCUUAUAGAAGGGCGAGAUGGCAUGCAUUCAAGACGGUCAAGUUGGGUUGAAAGAACUCGGACCAAAGAAUCAGUGGACAGUUUCAAUGCGGAACUGGUUGCUGCCUGGGAAGCUGUUAAGAGAGAGGAAUACAACGAGCGGACCACAUUAGGACAAAAUGAAUGACCGCAGAAACUUGUCAUCUCAGCUGUGCUUUGAACUGGUUGUUAAUCAGGUUACACAAUGAACUACAAUUUGUUUACCAUGUGCACCAGGGUAAAAAAGGUCCUGGAUCAUCUGUGUAAUCCCAAACACUCUUACUGUUGUUUUGUCUUUGGUAGUGCAUCACACACGAAGCUUUCUUCGUUGUGUUUGUUUGGUGUUUUAAGAAAGUAGUACAUGAGCUUCCAGGUUUGGAUGGGCUAUCUGUAUAUAUAUUUGUUGGAACAGUUUGCAACAAACGCUGUAUUUGGUUCUCUUGUGCUUCCCCAUGGAUGCUACUAAAAAUUGUGGAUAGCGAACCCAGUGUCGAACAAGCUACAACUUGUCAGAUAUGUAACUGAAAACAACUUUGGAUCCCCAGUUAAGUAGAAUUUCAUUCAAUA